AUGUCGAAUGAUGUGGAAAGUAUGUCUUCAGAUAAUAUAUCUGAAUCCAAAAAAAUUGAGUCCAAAGGGAAGCUUGGUGAGGGAGAAAUCGAGGGUACUGUAGAUGCGGAAGACGUUGGGGUACUUCUGGAUGAAAAGCUGGCCCUGGAUCAGGUCGAACAUUCGAAGGAGUUGAAUUGGACAGAGAACCAAGAAGCUGUAAUCAUUGGCGAAGACGAAGACGUAGAAGAAGGAGAAAUAGACAAUAAAAAGACUGUGAAUGGAAUCGGAAACUACCCUGAUAGCGGAGAAGAAUCAGACGCUUCAGAUAGUAAUGAACAUUUUUACGAAAGCAUAGAUGAUCCCACAGAUGCUUCAUUCAACACGCACACAACACAUUCUUCUAAGAAUUCAAGUCGAGAGUCUAGCCCUUUCAUUCUGAACCCAGAUGUAGGGGCUGAUGUUCCGGAAAUUCGACUACAAGAUUAUGCUCACCUAUCUUCCCCCGAAAGGUACGGUGAUUUGCUUAAUGAUUCCAUUAGUGGGGCUCUCAGCGACGAAGACGAGUAUAAUGGCAAUGGCCUAGAAGAGGAAUUGGAAACAGUUAAUGAAACCAACUUGCAUCAUGAAGCUAGCGAGCCAAAAGAUAUGGUAAUUUCACCUUUGCUUAAGCAGAAUUCAUCGUCAUUUGGUUCGUCCCCGCGUUCAUACAACACAAGCAAUAUCAGCAACCACAGAUUGGAAAAUGGUAUACACAACAAUUCUUCGUUUGUCCAAUACGAUGAAACUGGAUUUCAGUUGGACACAGAUUUGGACUUGGACGUAGAAAAGCCAAGGUCAACGGGAGCAAUUUCCCGAAGCAAAUCAACACCAUGGAGAAGAUUACGGUCUUCUAAGAUUUAUUCAAAUCUCCCCAAUGUUGCAUAUACAGAUCAGGCUGAUUUAACUACUGAUACUGUUGCCAUCAAUAACAAUCACAAUAAUAACGAUGAAACUAAGAGCAAUAACAACUUUUAUGCAUCGUCAAACACUGCUAAAGUGGAAGAACUCAAUAAACAGAUUGUGGGAUACAGAAUUCAGAUUAAGUUUCUUAGGGAUUACCUCCAAGAUCUAAUCAGAAGGAGCGAAAUUGUUGGGACUCGCGAUGGGAAUAACCUCGAGGAUAUGAUUCAAUUUCAGAGAAACCACUUGCCCUUAGGUGACCUGCUAUCUAUACACGCCGAGCAGGCGCAUUAUGAGAAACUUCUUCUGGAAAUCGAGUCAUUGACACUGAAACUUAAAGAACAAGAUAACGAAUAUAAUGAAAUAUGUAAGCUCAACGAGGAUCUAUAUGGUAAUCUUGAAGUUUUCCAGAAUGAUUUGAUCAACAAAGAAAAUUUAUUGAACAAGUCCAGAGAACAAAUCAUCGACUGGUGCAAGCUGUUGGAUAACAUUUUGAUAGAGUUGGUUAAGGGAAGCGGUCAAAGUAGUGGCAAUGAAAUCCAAGAGCAUCUCGAAAUUACCGCAAACGAGGUGCAAAAUGCUGAGCUCUUGACAAAGAAGAUAGAACUAGCUCACAUUCAUUUGAUUACUUCAGUUGCCGAACAGCAGGCAAGAAAUGCCGACGAAAUGGAAGACUAUGUGAAGACCAUUGAACAACUUGUUCAAUCAGUACAAUCAUUGAAAUCUCAAGUAACAUAUCACACACAGAAUACAUCUAAUGUAGAAUCACAAUUAAACAACGAGAUUGAAUCAUCACAGAGAUUAAAGCAAAAGUAUCAUCAAAUCAAUCGAAAAUUGAAUCAAAUAACUGAGUCUCACAAUAACAAUGACGUGACUGAUAGAAGCGUAUUGAGUUCAUCCUUUGUUUCACCUUCUAGGUAUCAAAAUUCACCGCAUAGUCAAGCCUCUAUAUCGCCUACAAAGCAGUACGAAUAUGAGCAGAUGAAAAGUGAGAAUCUUAGACUUCAAUCCGUCAAAGAAGGUGUUGAUGCUAAAUUGGAGGAGUACCAAAACAUAAUAGACCACCUUCAAGAAGAAGUGAACGGCUUAAAGGGUGCUGAUGACAAUCGUGACUUGAGUCAUACUGAACUCAAUGCGAACCAAAAGGGAAUUCAAUCACUUCACGAGGAGUUACAAGAGCUUACUGAAGCAUACAGAAGCUUGCAGAAGGAUUCCACAAAGACGAUUAACUCCUUAACUAGCCAACUCAAUAACAAGAAGAAUGAAAGCAUAGCCUUAAAGGCGGGCGGAAACGCUACCGAGAGGUUGAGACAAGACUUGGAUCUGGCCAUUGAAAAACAGAGAAUAUUGCAAGCUGAGAAAAUCAGGCUAACAUACAACGUGGAAUCAUUAAGCAACGACAAGGCAGCAUUACAGGCCAAUAUAUCUAGCCUCACGGAACAAGUUACUCAAUAUGCCACAGGUUUAAAUUCUAAACAAGAAUCAGAAUCGAAUGACGCUGCUAAAUUGAAAAUGCUAGAAUAUCACUUUGAAGAGUUUGUCCUGUUUGAUAUUGUGAAAUUUCAAAAAUUACUAAACUCUUUCAUUAAAAUAGCAGAUGAUGUAUCUUUGAAAGAUCCUAAAAAGAAAAUCGAAUGGCUUACGAAAAACAUUAUUAGAAAUUCAGAGGAAAAUGAUAGAAAAUGGGACGCUUUGGGGGGUUUAAAGAAACCUUAUCAGUAUCAUCAGUCUGUGUUCGAUUAUUUUGUAAGAGCUGUUGAUAUUAUUGUUCAUGAUCAUGUAAAGCUAUUAUUGAAGGAGGGAGAGGAAAGCAGAAAGAAGGGAGCCUACAUUUUGAAAUUACAGCAGAGGAUAGAUGAGUUAAAUGCCGUGAACGAUGCAUUGACAGAUGUGUCCGAGGUUACGAACAAUCAACAACAGCAACAGCAUCAACAGCAUAGGAGGCUAUCACAUACGAAACUGAUAUUACAAAUGAGCAGCGCUAGGGUGAUAAAGCAGAAUGAAGAAGAAAACAGUGCCGAUCAGUCUGAAGAUACGUUUGGAUCUCCACGUACUAAUUUGAGGUUGGAAGAAUUAACGAAUAGAUGGAAGGCUGAAAGAGAAGCAAGAGUCUACGAGAAUAAAGCAGCGCAAAAGAGGUUAAGAGAGUUGGAGGUAGAAAAUGCUAAACUUCGUGUAGAGUUAGCUCGUAAUGGCUAA